ACACAAUUAAUUUGUUUUUACUACAUGUUUUCAGGACUGACAUAUGGCGGACGAUAGAGCUGACCCGAUUCUGGACAACUAUGAUCUGGACGCUGAAGACCAUAUAUUCGGCAUCAUAAAAGGCGAUAUUCCAUAUGUGCCGACCGGACAAGAAGAAGAUGAUAUCUCUUCUUAUCUGAACCUUGACGGUGAAGAUGAAGGGCGCCGUCAGCAAGAUGAUGCCGAAGAAACGUCGAUAAACGACGAUCUUCAAUUGGAAGUAGCAACCACCUCCGGCGCCGAGCCCUCGGCCGGAUCAUCGAAACAAUCGAGUACGUCGUCAAAGCGUGGCGCAACCAAGACGCUGAAACAAGGAGAAAUAUAUACCAUCGAGGUUAUCGACAGUGCAACCGGCAAGCCGCUGGAGCCCGAGAAGAACGCCACCAAGUUUAUCAACCAAUGCGGAGCCGUUGUUAGAGACAACGUCUCGAUCACCGUCCAGGAGUGGAAUGAGCCAAAGAAGGCACGUCUUGGUUUCACUUUUGUCGACAAGAGAACAAAAAAAGAUUGCUUGCAAAAGCUUCUGCAACAUGUCGUCCUACCUCCGGAAUACCACAAAUUGGAUGAGGAGGGUAACAAGAUUGCGGAAAACAAGAAGAGGAGGAAGCUACUCAAACAGUUCGCUCUUGGAAAGAUGGCCAGUGCAUUCCGGAAAUUCAAGCAAAAUCUAGCCCGUGACUAUGUCAACCAGAACAAGACUCCGGAUUUCAAAAGACAAUAUGAGAAACUGAAACAUGAUUGGCCAGAAUUUGUGAAGCAAAAGAAAUCGGAGCAGUUCCUUGAACUAUCGAAAAAAAUAAGGAAAAUGCGGCUAAGAAGGAGUACAAUCAUAUUAUGGGGCCAGGAGGGUAUCGCCUUUGGGAGCCUAGGUGGGAGAAGAUGGAGAACGAGCUGAGGGCGCGAGGAAUCCGUCCAGGUACGGACGGAUGGGACCCAAGGGCCAAAAGCUGGUGGUACGGGCAUGGGGGAUCGCUGAACCCGGAGACAGGAGAGUGUGUUUACCGGGGCAAAAUAAUUAAACCCACCGAAAAGCUUAUUGAGGCAAUGAGGGAUGCUCAAGAGGGGAAGAUCAAGUUCAACAGAGAGAACAACGCGCUGACGAAAGCCCUCGGGAAUCCUGAACACGGAGGACGUGUACGAGGCAUGGGGCACAUUCCGUGGAAAAUAGGGUUCCCCCAGAGCGAUGACCCGUACGGUUACAAAAGCCGUAAGAGAAAGAUGGAUCGGGAUGCAGAUGUUGUGGCGCGGUUGGCAUCGGAAAUGGAUGUGAUGAAGAAAACCGUGAGUGUACUAGUAGCCGAAAGAGAUGCAGCUCGGGCGCAGCAUGAAGAUCAUCCAAUGGAUCUCGGAAGCCAGGAGCAGAGAAGAAGCAGCGUGGCUUCCACGGAGGCCCCACCGGCUGGUGCACCGACGAUCGAAAUUACUGCACCGGAGCCUCUGGUGGUCGAAAUUACUGCACCGGAGCCUCCUCACUACCUCGUGGACGAUAUAAAGGAGAUGAAAGCAUGUCAUCUGUAUUAUCCUAUCGGGAACAUGUCCAUGAAGGUAGCCAUCGGCAGUGCUUUACCACCUGGAGCACUCCACCACAACAACCCCAUUCCAGAUGGCUAUGCUCGUGUCACGGUGGAGGACAUAGUCCAAGGGUUUGAGGACCUGGACAUUGACAUUGCUACACCUGAAGGGGCGACAAGACUUGGAGAUGUCAAGCGCCAGUUCAUUCUAUGGCAGAAGAAGUUUAUCAAGUUUCCAGGCGAGGCGCCAAGGCAAACAAGUCCACCCCCCUCCGAUACCAGAGCCAUCACUAAAGCCUCUCACCCCGAGGCCUUGGGAACUUAG